AUGGCGCUUUUACCGCAUAGGCAAUCGGCUGAACCGAUGAAUUCCGAACAACCGCCGAAAAAGAAGCGCAUCUUUUACGAUCGCAUCAACGAAGAAGACUUGUACCAAAGCGAUGAGAGUUCGUGGGAUGAGGCCAGCUCCAACCACUCAUCAACAGCAGCCGCAACAGUAAAGACAAACAGCCAUGCAGCAACCAUUCGCUCGCUGUUUGCGAAUCAGCAUUCAGGCACUACGUCUAAAGCGACAAAAAGAGCUUCCAGAGGCAUUCGAGACCUCUUUCAAUCAUCAUCUUGUACGCUCAAGGAAGAGCCGCAGUAUGCAACAGCAAAGAAGAAGCGAGAAAGCAUCAGUACGUUGUUCAGUAGCAACCAUUCUAGAAAACAGUCAACAACAAAAGAAGCGGAACAACAGCAAUCUCAGGGCUCUCUUUAUUCUUCUUCAUCUACUGCUACUUCACUCUCCACCUGCUCCACUGAAAGCAUGAACCAGCAUUUUGAAGUCAUGCCCAUGGAGGACCAAGUGACCAACAACGCUAAAUCGCACUUGAUACCACCCUUUGCGAAAAAGAUCAAUAUUCACUGGUCUGUGGAAGAGGAAGACGUAUUCAAGAACUGGAGAAAUCAACGAGCAUUGUACAGAGUAGAGUCUAUUCAUCCACAUCACGAGGAGCAUGGCGAAGAAGACGAAGAGGCAGAUAGCGAAGACUCGUACAGCCAGGCAUUAGUGGCUUCCACGCUCAAACGAGAAAAGAGCAGGAAGCGAAGAAGCAGCGGCUCUCUUGUGCCUGCUCCUGUGAAAGCACUGUUAUCAGCUCCAAUGACGAGAGAAAAUUCUCCACUGCCUCCACUCCCCACAGUCGAGAAUUUCCUGACAAUCAUGAAUGCGCCUACUUCACCUGACUCGUCUUAUUUCUCUGCACGAUCAGUGUCAUCCAACUCGUCUUCUCAAUCAACACUCAAUUCCAUCCUCCUGGACGAUGUCACUGAUGGACUGGAAAGCACGCACAUUAUGGAGUCCUGUUUGUCAUCAGACAGCCAUAGUAGCAGUGAUGCAAGCAGCAUGGCGUCCGCAACAAAGAAAGCUGACGUCCCAGUGACAAUCAAAUCAUCUCCUUCUUCCACCGCAUCCUCGAUUCCUCCACCUGUGCCUCCCAAAGACCACGAUUUGAAGCGCAUGCUCACAAUGGAUCCGCAAGGCAAUGCAACGACCAACAUCAACAACAAGCAGGAAAAGAGGAGCAGCAUCACUAUGAGUCCUGAGACACUGAAGCGGGUGUACAGCAGUAAAAAGAAAAAGAUAGCGCCCUCCACCGCGGAGAUGAGGAUCACAACAAGCGAUAUUCCAAACAACCACCAUGCAUCCUUUGCACCCAAAUCAGCAGAUACUACAUCCACAUUCAGGCCACCUAUUCCACCUCGUAGAAGUAGUAUGCCGCUACCACCGCCAAAAUCCAACUCCAAUGCUGCAAUGCCUCCAUUGCCGGUGGAUGCGAAAAAAAAGGCGGAUGCCUACAGCAGAAGGCCCUCCAAAUUGGACGAUGCUAGCUCCUGGACUUCAUUUCUAGGCAUCAAAAAGGAAGAAUCUGCAGUCAAUAAUACGGAUAAAAAAGCCAAACUGGGCAGAUCAUUAGGGGCAACAGCAACAAAAAAAGCAAAGAAGAGCGACAGUAGCAAUCUGCUCAAAGUAACUGAAAAUGGCCAAGUUGUGCUGCUAUAUGAAAUGAAACACGGAAAACUGCAAGUGAUUGCAGGUACUACAGAACGGCUGUUGGAGAAGCUGGCUGACGAGACGACGCAAGACAUGGAGUACGUGGACACAUUUUUAAUGAACUAUGGCAGCUUUACAACGUCCAUGCAUCUGCUGAAUCAACUGAUCAGUCGUUUCCAUCUGGGCCCCUUGCCAGGCGAGCAUGAGUAUUUCAAGAAAUGGCAGCAUUCAAUUCAAUCCAAAGUGCUGACUGUCAUUGACCGAUGGGUGACACUGCAAUACCAAGACUUCAAGUAUGAUUUAGACCUGCAAAAGAAGCUCAACUUGUUCCUGUUCAACAAUGAUACUGUACUACUACAACAAUUUAGACAGCAAGUAGACAAGAUUCAAUACAACCUGAAGCUACAGAUACAGCAGUUCUCUAAUCACCAGCACCAUGUGUCCGUGAUCACUGCUAAUCAGCAUAUAUCAGCACCACCUUCCAAUGCAUUCCAUUUUCACUUUUCAUUUGGUAACAGUAGUCAAUCUUUACCUACCACUGUACAUACAAGCAACACCAGCAAUACUCGCAGACCCUCUAAUGGCUUGUUUUCUUCAUCUUCUUCCAUCCCGCCUGAAUUACCCAUGCAGAUCCACGACUCUAGCUCCCUCAAAACAACGCUUCAUACAUCGCUAGUCUCGCUCGAAUCCAAAGACAUUGCUCGUUAUUUGACAUUGGCGGAUUUCUACCUCUUUAAAUCGAUUCAAUCUCGUGAGCUCAUGAGCAACAAUAACAACCACAAGACAGACAUCAACUAUACAGAGCUCAUGACAAAGAGAGCAAAUAUGCUGAGUCAUUGGGUGGUGCAUGAAAUUUGCAGUAUUUCAUAUCUGAAGCCAAAGCGAAGUCUGUUGAAAAAGUUUAUCGAGAUUGCCAAGCUCUGCUUGGAAUUCAACAAUUUUCAUACAUGUAUGGUCAUCACAAUGGGGCUUGCUAGUGCACCGAAACUCAAAGAUGUAUGGGAAACACUUUCUAACCGAGACACCAACACAUUUGCAUCACUCCAAAAGUUGCUGGAUGUCAGCAUGAACAUGCGCUACUACCGACAAAAGAUCCAACUUGCCAAAGCACCGUCUAUACCCUUCUUACCCGUCGUGCUCAAAGAUCAGACCUUUUUCCGAGAAAACUCGACGUUUCUGAUAUCCCGCCCUCAUCUGGUCAAUUUUGCCAAAUUCACCUCUAUACGUCAAUUUGUAGAUAAAACCAAAGCAUUGACAAGGGAGAACUACUACUUUUCCAACGAUUUGACUCGAUACCCGUUCUUUUCAAUGACUCCAUCCGAAACUGACACUACCACCACCACAACGACAACAUCACCGCCUGGAGGGCCAUUGGAUUGCAUUGCAGAUUGGGUGGAAGAUAGAUUGAGUCAAGUGCAAUCAUGCUAUCUUCAUUGUGAUUUAUUAUCCAAAUUGUAA